GGCGCCGCCCCUCAACCUGUCUUGUUCGCUUUGAAGGUUUUUUGGUCGUUGUGGACAAAUGAAAGCCAUAAGACAUUGGCCGUGAUGAAAGACGACUGGAAUCUGGUGAAGACAGCUGGAUCGUUUUAUUAUUGACUCGGAGAAAAGACAGACAAACAGCGGAAACUGUUGUGUUUUGUAAAAAAGAAAGGAAAAAAAAAAAAAAAAAAAAAGAAAAAAAGAAAAUGGGCUUAGAUCACAAUUGGUUGUUUACCCGUUGGCUUGUUGUGGUGGUCAUGGUAGCGACUCCUACGGCAGUUGAAACUUUUUGCCCGUCCAUUUGCCAAUGCGAUGACAGUCUACUAGAGACCAGCUGUUCUGGCUCGAAACUCGAUUCUGUGCCCAUCUUGUUGAAUCCUUCGUUGCGCUCGUUACACUUGGCCCACAACCACAUCGCUUCUCUUAGACAAUCUGUCAGUUUUUACGGCGAAUUGCGCCGUUUGGAUCUCAGCCACAAUGGUCUCCAUUCGUUGGGUUUGCUCCAUUUCCAGCCGCUUGGCCAGCUCGAAUGGCUCAACGUUUCCAACAAUUUGGUCUCUUCCUUGGAAAUGGAAUCGUUUUCCGGACUCGCAUCGCUCACCGCCCUCGAUCUCAGCGCUAAUCGGCUCACUCGACUGACGGAUGACCUGUUCUCCGAUCUACCUUCGCUUGUCACGCUCAUCCUCAGUGGCAAUAAAAUUCAAACGGGGGCCAGCGGAGCGUUCAGAUCGCUCCGCAAACUGCACACGCUGCGUCUCGAAGACAAUAAUUUGGGUAACGUCCCUACGGCCGCUCUAGUCCCCCUGGCCGCUGGUUUGCGAUCGUUGCAUCUCGGCAAAAAUCUGAUCGAGACGUUGGAAGACGGAGCGUUCCGUCAUCUUGCCCGUUUACGGCUGUUGGCCCUUAACGACAACGCCAUUGACCGCGUCGAUCCUCUGGCCUUCGACUCGCUCGUUUCGCUCGAUGCGCUGGAUCUCAGUUUCAAUCGAUUUGAUGGACCCAUUGAGGCUUUUAAGACCGUUUCGCCGUUGACCCAUCUGGAUUUGUCUGGUAAUAUUUGGCGCCAAUUGCCGGCCAACUUCUUGUCCGGCCUGCCGCGUCUCCAGCCGCUCAACGUUUCUUAUAUGGAUCUGUCGUUACCAUCUCCACCUCACCUAAAGUCUUGCCCAUCGUCAAUCUGGUCAUGACCAAUAACGC